UUCACAUCGUCAUAAUAGUUCCUCAAAUGAAAAAGUAAAGUAAUAUGUAUGCUGUAUUGCUGUGCUGUGAAAACCCACUCUCCAUAAACUCCACCACUCCUCCUUCAGUCUUCACCUUUCUCUAUCUGGAAUUAUAUGAGAGAGAAAGAGAAAGAGACUGAAAAAACUGGGCUUUUUAGUAUUUUAAAUUUGAUUGAUUAUGUAAAAAUGUGAACUCUUUUUAGUUGUUUCCUCAGUCUUUCACUUUACUACUUUUUCCCUGUUGAUGCCCUUCAUUUCCAUCUCUUUCCUCUUCAUUUCUCUGUGAUUGCAUUUUUUUAAACACACUUUCUCUUUCUUCCUCUCUAAAAAUGGAGAUUUGGGUACUUGGGUUUUCGAUUUUCUUGUGCCAUGUUUGUUUUAGCUAUGCUCAGAUGCAAGGUUUUGUAAGUCUGGAUUGUGGAGGUACAAAUAGUCACACUGAUGAGCUUGGUAUUCAGUGGGUUCCUGAUGACCAAUUUCAAUUUGGCCAGACAGCUAAUAUAUCUAUUCCUGAUGAAACACAUCAACAAUAUAUGACAUUAAGAUACUUCCCUAAUGAUAACAGAAAAUACUGCUACACUCUGAAUGUUACAAGCAGGACUAGGUACCUGGUGAGAGCAACAUUCUUAUAUGGUAACUUCGAUAACAACAAUGUUUAUCCAAAGUUUGAUGUUUCCAUGGGGCCAACUCCCUGGUCCACCAUUGUUAUCUCAGAUGCGAGUACUGUAGAGAUGAUUGAAAUGAUAUUUCUCGCUAUUGAGCCAACAAUUAGUGUGUGCUUAUCCAAUGCUACAACAGGGCAGCCGUUUAUCUCCACCCUUGAGCUUCGGCAAUUCAAUGGUUCAAUGUAUAUUGCAGAUUUUGAAAAUCAGUACUAUAUGAGUGUAUCUGCCAGAAUUAAUUUCGGAGCAGAUAGUGCUGACCCUGUGAGGUAUCCUGAUGACCCAUAUGAUAGAGUGUGGGAAUCUGACUCUGUGAAGAAACCAAACUUUUUAGUUGAUGUUGCUUCUGGCACAGAGAAAAUCUCAACAAAGAUGCCAAUUAAUGUUGACAGGGAUGAUAGACCACCACAGAAAGUGAUGCAAACAGCAGUAGUAGGCAGAAAUGGAACAUUGUCAUACCGUUUGAAUCUAGAUGGCUUUCCUGGUGGCGGGUGGGCUUUCACAUACUUUGCAGAAAUUGAGGACAUUGGUCCUAAUGACGUAAGGAAAUUUAGGCUCGUGCUUCCUGAUGCACCUCAGGCUUCUAAAGCAGCUGUAAAUAUCCUUGAAAAUGCUCAGGGAAAGGACCGCCUCUAUGAGCCUGGAUUUAUGAACUUGACCCUCCCUUUUGUGUUGUCCUUUAGAUUUGUUAAGACAUCUGAUUCUACUUUGGGGCCUCUCGUGAAUGCUAUGGAGAUCAAUAAGUAUUUAAAAAGAAAUGGCGGUACCUUGGAUGGAUCUACUAUAACAAAGCUGAUUUCACAAUACUCAUCUGCUGAUUGGGCUCAAGAAGGUGGUGAUCCGUGCCUGCCAGUUCCAUGGUCAUGGUUGGAGUGCAACUCAGACCCUCAGCCCCUCGUAACUGCAAUUCAUUUGUCACGGAAAAAUUUGACAGGAAAUAUCCCUUCAGAACUCACAAACUUGGGUGGCUUGAUUGAGUUAUGGCUUGAUGGGAAUUCACUGAAUGGAUCAGUUCCUGAUUUUAGUGGCUGCCCAAAUUUGAAGAUAAUUCAUUUGGAGAACAACCAGUUAACCGGUUCAGUUCCAUCAUCCUUGGGUGACUUGCAGAAUCUAAAAGAACUGUACUUGCAGAAUAAUAGGUUGUCAGGGAAAAUGCCAUCUAACCUUGGUAGUGACCUUGUCUCGAACUUCUCUGGAAAUGUCAAUCUUCGUAAAGCUAGCAGUGGAACAAGUCAGACUGGGAUAAUUGUUGGGUCAUCAAUCGGCGCCGCUGUCCUUCUCAUAGCAACUAUUCUAUCUUGUCUAUUUCUGCGCAAAGGAAAGAACUCUAAGAAAAGAUAUAAUGACCAAGCCCGCCUUAGAAAUGUCCUGCCAUCUCAGAAGUUAUCUUCCUCCUUGGAAAACACUGCAACAGAAGCCGCUCAUUGCUUCACAUUUUCAGAAUUGGAAGAAGCUACAAAAGAUUUCGAGAAGAAAAUUGGUUCUGGAGGUUAUGGGGUGGUGUAUUAUGGUAAACUGAAGGAUGGAAGAGAAAUUGCUGUCAAAGUUUUAACUAGUAACUCCUUCCAAGGAAAACGAGAAUUCUCAAACGAGGUAACACUCCUCUCAAGGAUUCAUCACAGAAAUCUGGUGCAGUUUCUUGGAUAUUGCCAAGAAGAUGGCAAAAGCAUCCUUGUAUACGAGUUCAUGCACAAUGGAACUCUCAAAGAACAUCUUUAUGGUCCUUUAACACGAGAACGCGGCAUAAAUUGGAUACAGCGCCUUGAGAUUGCAGAAGAUGCGGCAAGAGGAAUUGAAUAUCUUCACACAGGGUGUGUGCCAGCUAUCAUACAUAGAGAUCUAAAAACCAGCAAUAUUUUAUUAGACAAGCACUUUAAGGCCAAAGUUUCAGAUUUUGGUCUCUCAAAACUUGCAGUAGAUGGAGCUUCGCAUGUAUCAAGCAUUGUCAGGGGCACUGUUGGAUAUCUGGAUCCUGAGUAUUAUAUCUCACAACAAUUGACUGACAAAAGUGAUGUCUAUAGUUUUGGUGUCAUUUUGCUGGAGCUAAUAUCUGGGCAGGAAGCAAUAUCUAAUGAAAACUUUGGCGUUAACUGCCGAAACAUAGUUCAAUGGGCAAAGAUGCAUAUUGAGAGUGGUGACAUUCAAGGAAUAAUUGAUCCCUCAUUGAGAGACGAAUAUGACAUACAAUCGAUGUGGAAAAUAGCUGAGAAAGCCUUGAUGUGCGUCCAAGCUCACGGUCAUAUGAGACCAUCAAUCUCGGAAGUACUAAAAGAGGUCCAAGAUGCUAUCAUGAUUGACAAGGAAGCAAAAGCAGCAAGAGAAGGCAACUCUAAUGACAUGUCUAUACACUCCAUGCAUUCUUCCCUCCAUUUGGGUUCCUCAGACUUGGGCCCCACCGAUAGUUACUUGUCGAUAGACGAGUCGAUUGCUAGACCAAGUGCACGAUAGCUUUUCCACGAUCCGUCCACUUUUUGAUUAUUUUUUUGGAAAUCUUUUUUUCUAUGCUUCAGAAUUUUUGCAGUUUCUUCAUUGAAGCUGCUUAGCUGAGAGUGAUCUGCUAGAAUGUAAUGCAUGUCCCUCUAAUAUGGAAAGAGGGAUACACGUCAGGUUGUAAGUUGUGUACCUGACGCAUGCACAUAUGUUCUUGGAGGUAAUUAGGUUUGUGCUUGCUCUCAGUUUAUAUACUCUAUCCGUCUCGAAAUAAUUGUCACCAUAAUAGUGUAAUCUGAACUAGCAAUGUGGCAAUUAUAUCUAGACGUAAUUAGUGAUUACAAUGGUAGAAAUCUAUUGAGCCUGCUUACUAGUAAA